UGCAGGAGGGAAAUCCAAUUGUUCAAAAACCAAUAAAACUAAAAAAUUUUCACUCUCCACUUUACCGCAAUUUCUGUCUCUUUGUCUCCCCCUCUCUCCCUUCUCCUCCUUUGGGGCAAAGCAAAAUCCUUUUUCAAAACCCUAGAUUAGUAUCCGAUUAGGGUACCCUCAGAUUCUCUCGGUUCUUCUAUUGAUGCAUUUCUUGGCCAUUUUUUCUUUACGGAGGUAAAGGAGUCGCGAUUAUUGUUUGAGUGGACUCGCGAGUAUGGCGAAGGUAGCUGCCCAUGGUGCCUUAACUUCUACUUCGCUACAAAUUGGCGGCGAUGCUCUCAAAGUUGGUCCAACAGUUAAAAGGAAGACCCCUUCGGAACUCAGAGAAGAGCAGUUAGAGCGGACAAAUGUAGCAGAGCUUGUUUAUAAAUCUUUGACUCCAAGUGCUAGUGAGAUGGAUAAUGGACUCAAAAAACCAGAUCUGCCAAGGAAUCUAAGAUAUAUUGACACCCGUAUGGAUGAAGUAUAUCCUGCCAAGAAAUCAAGGUUCAACCUGCUUUUGGGAAAAGAAAAUCCCAAGCAGGAAAACCGUUCCAUUGAGCAACCUAGCAGCCUAAAGAAAAUCUCUGCACUUUCAAAUUUGGUUACCAAGAGAAGGAAACAACUUUCAUGUCCAGAGAGUUCUGUUGCUUCUGUUGAUGUUCCAAAAGAUGAUGCGCUUAAUGCCCAUCGGAUGCUUGAAAAAUGUAGUCAGGGUACAUUUCUUAGUGUUACAGAGCUUUCAUCAGGAGGUCAAAAUUUAUCAGGCUUAGCAACUGUUGACAUGGAUAAAGCAUUGAAAGGGCUAGCUGCUUGUGAAGCAAUCCUGAAUGUACCACCUGAGUCUUCUGAAAGAUUUGAUGAUCUUUCAACUGGAAACUUCUGCUCUGAAUUCCAUGUGACAGGCCAGAAGAUUCCUCUGGAUUUUACUUUGAAAACUUAUAUGCGAUUGGUGGCUUCCUCCUCAUUGAAUUGGUUAAAUAGGUCAAUGAUGUCUGGUACAUACAAUGGUAUGCCUCAAUUUACACCCCAUUCUGGUUGUUCUGACGAUCAAAAUAUUGGCAGUGCUUCACAGACCAGACUGGCUUCCCAAGUGUUGGAUUCUAAAGCAUUACAUUCAUGGGUUUAUCCUCAAUCUACCUUACCACCAUCUCUCAUUUCAAUAUUGGUCUCAGCUGCAGCUGAUGGUGUUGAAAUGGAUUUCUUAAGAAAGCGACGUAGGGCAUGGGAGGAGUCAUUUCGGAGUCUUUACUAUAUGUUUCGGGAAAAUGUUUGUAGCAUCUUUUAUGUGUGCACUUCACAUUUUGUGGUGAUGUUUACUUCUGCUGAUGGUUUGGGAAGAAGCAGAUCAUGUCAUGCCUAUAUCUCCAAGUCAACAAGAGGUUUGAGGUCGUCACUGAAAGAGCAUGAUGUUUCGUUUUCUAUGCCUCUUUGCCAAUCUCAAGUAGAACAAGUGACUACUGAGGAUCUGGUAGAGCUUUCAGAAAUUGAGAAGCAUAAUUUGGGCCAGACUCGACGCAUGAAUUCCUUCUCUGAUGUUGAUAAUACUCCACAGUCUUUGCUGGCUUUCUGUGGGAAUCAGAAUGUACAUGGUUUGUACGAGAUUUUGUUGAAUUAUAGAUCUUUCCUGACUUUUUUGAAUGCCGUGGAUGUUCCUGUUCUGUACUCUGGGGUGCCAUUUCAAAAUGCUGCUCUUUCUGCUCCAGAGGUUAGAUGUAUGGAGAUUAAAAGAGCUGAUCAUGGUACUGCUCUUCCCCAAGGAUCCACCUUGAAAGACAGUCAUUCCAUGACAAUUUCAUCUGCUGGCCUUACCUAUGGCCUUGAAAUCAAGGCUUCACAUAUUCCCCCUUGGAUUAUCAGCAACAUAUGCGCUCUAAUAGCUUCUGAAGGACGAAGCUUUGAAGCAAGCUUUACAACGGAGCAUACUUCAGUUGGCUUAAAUAUUGCUCUUGGGGCAGUUUGUGAGAUAGCUGAUAGUGAAGCUACAGUUGGUGAAAACUCACAAGAAAUGGCCUAUGCCUUCGGUAUUCCAGAAGCUAUUGUUUCCCCUUAUUUGCAUUCAGGUUUAGUAAAGGGCUUGAGCUACUGCAACGGUUCAUAUACAGUGUCUCUCUCCCCUGUAUGACAUUUUAAUACUCAUGAUCUCUGGAGAAAACUAUGUUUGCUUACUGAUGCUCCGUUCCCUGAUUUCUUUUUGCCAAUUGUAAUUUGUUCUUUGUAUAUUCUUAUUUAAUCAAGUGUAAUUAUUGGUUGGAAGACAGCUUCAAACUUGGGACGAAUCAUGUUCCUAUCAAUGACCCAUAAGAGAUUGGGUUAUGAAAGACUUUUUGAGCAACUGUUGGACACAAAU